CGAACAGCAGUCGUGGACGAGACAGCACCAGCUAGGAAGCAAAUGACAUCGAAGGACACCCGAGUGGUUUGGUCCGAAUAUCAUGCUGUUCUAAUUGCACAUACUCCUUUGGUGUCAGUCGUUACUGGUACACUUGUGACGUUUAGUGGCUUGUGCUUUGUGACGUGCUGUGAGUGCGCGUGACUUGCGUUUACCGUGCGGUUUCGAAGGAACUGGGAGUGAUAUUAGCGAUUCGAAUGCUGCUCGACUUGGUGGACCACCACAACUUGCUGGACCAUAUAGACUAAAGGACAUCGUGCAGGUUUCUACAAGAACCAGCACACAAAGUUGAUAGGGCAGUUCUUCAGAAAAGCAAGCAGAAGUGGAGUGGCCAGCAAACUCACCGCAACGAUUCGAUGGGCUGGAGAAACUUCAUGAGGACAGAUGAAGACGUCAGCGCUAUGAACGUUUUCGGUGAGCUCGGAACCCUGCUGUCCACGUUCAAGGUUCGUACAAGGAUGUCGUUUCAAAAUAGCGAGACCGGAUGUUUAAAAAGGUUGAAAGGCUUAUUUUUGCAACAUGCCUCUAACGAAUGAUGAACAGCGAGAGGUGCAACACGAAGUACAGCUGGGGAAACCUGCGAAGAGCGGAUAUCUGUGGAGCCGGUCAAUGCGAAAUGGAUCGUGACACGAGGGGCAUUUGGGCUGGCAUGCUUGUGCGGUUCUUAGCCCGAGGGGUCUGCUUUGAAUGUGUUUGCUCUUUGCGUUUUGAUGUUCGGCGUGAAUUGAGUUCAACUUGGGAUCCUGAUACGCUGUCGACGUUCUGCAGUGCCCGUCAAAAAUAAUAUGAAAGGGAAGCUUACAAGUUCGGUUUGAUUUAUCCCAUCACUCUCGAGGGAUUACGAAGCUGUUCGGAUGAAGUAGACAAGACAUAUACAUGAAAGUGGCUGACAAAGGAGAAAGUACAGAGGGCGGCGCAACACUUGGAACAAAAAUGGGCACCAAUACCGGGCUCUCAGCGGUAAACAACUAAACAAAGAUGGGCUUACCUCCGGAUCACCUCUGGAUCGUCAGAUGAAAUGUCCUAAAAGAGACUUUAUCUAAACAAGGAUGUCCUCAUCGAAUGCGGCGAAAAUAUUUCGAAGACACACAGCUAUCUGACCUCCAGACAGACAUCACAAGCCGAGCUAUGCACUGCUUCCAAGUUUCCCAGCAUAUCAUCGCGCUCCUUUUCUACUUUGCGUGCCUGUGGACCGUUACCUUGGGUCGAUGCCCCAAUAAGUGCCUGUGCGAUGACGAAAGCCUCCGGGUCGUCUGCGACGCCUCAUCGCUUGAUGUCGUCCCUAUCACACUAAAUCCUGGACUCAAAGAGCUGAACCUCGUCAACAACCACAUCAAAAGCAUCAUGUCCAGCUUCUCCGUCUACAACAGUCUGAUUUACCUGGACGUUUCGAACAACCAACUUGUCACGCUCGGACGAGACAACUUCAAGGAGCAGAAGGAGUUGAAGGUACUCCUGCUUCAUCAGAACAUGAUUUCGCAGCUUGAAAACGAAACAUUCAAUGGACUAGGUAAACUGGAGACACUGUUCCUAAACGACAACUACAUUGAGGAUAUUCCUCCCGAUGUGUUCGUGCCACUCAAGAAGCUGGAAAAGUUGGACCUCUCCAGGAACCAUCUGACGAAGUUCAACGACUUCGCUUUUCGUGGGCUGGAAAACUUGAAGACACUUCUUCUGAGAGACAAUAAGUUUGUGACCAUACCGAGUAGAGCCUUUGUGCCGCUGAAGGGUCUACUCAGUUUGGACCUUGGCAUGAACAGCUUCGCCAACAUUCCCGAAGAAGCCUUCGUGUCCCUCAAGGAGUUGAGCGAGCUGUCCUUAGACGGCUGUGGGUUCAGGACAAUUCAAGUGGGCGCGUUUAAGACGCUGUCUUCGCUUAGAACACUACGUCUUCACGAUAAUGACCUCGAAGAGGUCCCCACGAGGACUUUCCAAGACAUCCCAAAGCUUGAGGUCUUGAACUUGGGACACAACAAGUUUCCGCGACUGCGCUCGAAGGCUUUCCAAUACCUCAGGUACUUGAGAACUGUCGAAAUUAGCGGUUCGCUGACGCUCCAGGCCAUCGACCGUGGCGCAUUCUCGGAGAAUGCCGAUAUCGAGUCGGUCAUUAUGACGCACAACCCAAACUUCAACUACAUCGACCCAGCAGCGUUCGAAGCUCUUGUGCAACUCAAGCAUAUCAACCUACGAGGGAAUGCGUUCGGGAGGUUCGACGCCUCUUUACUAGACUGGGACGAGUUGAAGUCGUUGGACCUCAGGGACAACCCUCUAGUCUGCAACUGUAGCGCCCUCUGGCUAUGGAGCCUUCUCAGGGACAGGAACUCUACGACGUCGCCGAUGACGUCCGAGACGUCUUUAGUCCGCUGUGGCGGCGGACCUUCGGGGCUGCAGGAGAAGUUCUUGCGGGACCUCAGCGCAGGCGACUUGGGCUGCUACGACGCGGACAUCAGGCGACAGAUCAUCAUAGGAGUGGUCGCUGCCGCAGCAGUUUCGUUCGCGGUCAUCGUCUUACUUGGGGUGAGGUUUCGCGAAAGGGUGGCUGGUGUUCUCAAGAGCAAGUGGGGCAGCGGUAGCAAGGAACCGCAGUACCACAAGACGAACGGGGAAGACGUGGACACAACCAUCUGCCACCAGGCGGCGCACCAGCCCUUGAAGAUGGUCCCGGUGACGGAACUGUGAUAGUGGCUUUCUUCUGCGACCUAUAGGAAUUAUCGAGUGAUACGUGCAGCUCCCGAGGAAGUGUCGCAAAGUUCGAUAGGGACAGAUAAACAUUUUAGUGCCAGUGGUGGUUGACGAGGCAACUCGUUGCAAAGACAGUUAUUUUCUAACAGAUAGACAGUGACUGGACACCUUUGUCGCCGACUUAUAGCGGUAGAACUUGGCCCGACCCGGAAGCUUUGUAAUAAUACCGCGCCGUCUCUUUUCAAAGUGAAAUAUGCGGACGGAGCUUUCAUUGUGUAAAUAUUCAGCAGCCCAAGGUUUAUUGUCUUAGCUCCUAGAGCCAUUCAGAUCCAGUGAAGAAGAAAUAUAAUGCAGGGCACGAGGGCAUUACAUUACUGAGCCUGUAAGAAAAUGGUUCGUAUAGAAAGAACGAACCGCGUGUACACUUUUGAAGAGAAGUCUCUUAUCUUUGGUUAAAUGGUUGUGUUUGUCCGGAAGCCGGACUUUUGACUGUUCUUCGAGCAGGGCGCUUGCGUUUUAUUUAUUUUUUUUUCUUAGAAGGUGCGUUUGUUAUUUUCUUUAUGCCAGAGAAAAGCUUGUCUUCCUGUUACCAGUCAGGUUACUACAUUCCUUCACAGGUUGUGUACGUGUUUGAGAAAUGAAGAGAGUUAUAAAUUGAA